AUCUGUUAUCAACACUUCUAUUUUUUUUUCAAAUUCUAGAGAGAGAAAGAGAGCUUCCUAGAGAGAGAAAGGAGAUGGAACGUGGAGGAGGUUUCCAUGGCUACCACAGGCUCCCCAUCCACCCUACAUCUGGGAUGCAACAACCUGACAUGAAGCUCAAGCUCCCCGAAAUCUCCACCCCCACCACCAACACAUCCACAGAUGACAAUGAAUGCACAGUCCGAGAACAAGACCGCUUCAUGCCAAUAGCAAACGUGAUCCGAAUCAUGCGAAAAAUCCUCCCACCACACGCCAAAAUCUCUGAUGAUGCAAAAGAAACAAUCCAAGAAUGCGUAUCCGAAUACAUAAGCUUUGUCACUGGUGAAGCCAAUGACCGAUGCCAACGUGAGCAAAGAAAGACCAUCACAGCUGAAGAUGUCUUGUGGGCCAUGAGCAAAUUAGGGUUUGAUGAUUACAUCGAGCCACUGACUGUGUACCUCCACCGCUACCGUGAGUUUGAUGGUGGUGAACGUGGGUCCAUAAGGGGUGACCCGCUGAUUAAACGAACCGCUGACCCGGGUCCAUAUGGGAUGGGUCCUUUUGUUCAUGGGUUUCAUAUGGGUCAUCAUCAUAAUGGGUUCUUUGGUCCUGCUAGCAUUGGUGGGUUCUUGAAGGAUCCAUCAAGUGGUGGGCCUUCUGGAGCUGCUGCUGUUGCGGGUUUCGAACCGUAUGCUCAGUGUAAAGAGUGAGAAAUGGUGGUGAUGAUAAG